CGGUACACAGGGCUGCGUGCCGGGCCGGCCACCACAGGUCCUGCCGAGCGGGCCGAUCGAGCCGGGCUGACCGACGGGACGGGGCCGGCCGGCCGUGCAGUGCCGUGACAGCGCCCACUCGGUGUGGCCGAGUCCAGUGUGCGGUGGACUGACCGUAGGCUGGCUGGAAACGUCUGUGGUGCCACUGAAUGUCGGCAGCGUCGCUAGAACUGAGUGAGCAUCCAGUCAAGUAAGUGAUUGAAGACGUUUUCAUAACUGAAUCUUCUUCUUGAUAACACGAGGAUCAAGGAACAUGCCUGACAUCCUAUUCGCCGGCGACAGUCUUGUAUGCCAAUUGGCAUUCAAACUCGUCUAGGAUCAGCCCUCACUCUUAUAUAAGUGACGGGUGAUCAUACCGUCAGUUUAAACUCAGCUACGUUCAGUGGCCUCCUCUUACCUGACCUCUCCUAACACCUCUGACCUGUGACCUCUGAGCACCAACAACGAGUCCAAGAUGACUGGCCGCGCUCCCCCGGACGCCAGUCUCAGGCUCCAGUGGAUCUUUGGCUACAACGGCGUGGCCAAGCGGAACGUCCAGUUCCUCUCUGAGGACGUCAUCGUCUACUUCACUGCCGGCGUCGGCGUGGUCUACAGGCUCAAGGAGCGAGAGCAAAAGUACUUCCACGGACACAACGACGACAUCACAUGUCUGGCUGUGAGCGGUGACAAGUCCAAGGUGGCCACCGGACAGAUCGGUGACGACCCCUACGUCUGUGUGUGGCACCCGCACACCAUGGAGACCCUCUCCGUGCUCAAAGACGGACACAUGAACGGCAUCCGACGCGUCCAGUUCAACAGCGACGGAAAGCUGCUGGCGUCGCUGGGUAUGGACGAUCCGAGCACCCUGGUGGUCUGGAGCUGGCAGAGCGGCGUCAGCGUAGCCUCUACCACGGCCCACUCAGCGCGCGUCGUCGACCUCUGCUGGAGCCCCUACAGAGAGAACGAACUGGCCACCUGCGGCGAGCACCACCUCCGCAUCUGGCAACAGCUCGGAAACAGCUUCAAGUCCCACGGGGCAGUGUUCGGGGACUCGAGUCGCGCACUUACACUGACCGGCGUUCUCUACAUCUCCGAGAAGACGCUGGUGACCGGCACCGAGAAAGGGCAGCUGUACAUCUGGAGGGACAAACAGCUGCACGAAAUCAUCGAGGAGGCGCACGAGGGUCCGGUGUUCUGUAUGGCGCUGGCUCGGGAAGGUUUGGUCACCGGAGGGGAAGACGGUCACGUGAAGAUGUGGACGGCCCACUUUGACGUCAGCAAAACGGUCGUAGCUCGCAGUCCGUCACUUCACAGUAAUGGAGCUGUAACAUCUGUCUCCUGGGACCACGGAAAGUUUCUAUUCGGCACAAAGCUGAGUGAGAUAUUCAUCCACCACGACGGGGUGAACGAGUGUUACAUGCAGGGUCACGGCAAGGGGGAGCUCUGGGGCCUGGCCCCGUUCCCGGAAAACUACAAAUUCGCCACCGCCGGAGAGGACCACACCGUUAGGAUCUGGGAUGUGGAGAAGCGGGAGCUGCUGGAGACCACGCGGCUCGACCUGGCCGCCAUGUCCUGUGCCGUCUCACCAGACUCGACCCAAGUCGCCGUCGGACUCAAAUUCGGCACCGUCGUCAUACUCAACGCCAAAGACAUGAGUGAGGAGGUGCGUUUCGCCGACCGUCGGGAGGACAUAUCGGAGCUGAAGUUCUCCCCGGACGGCUCCCUGCUGGCGGUCGGCUCUCAUGACAGUAUUGUGGACGUGUACCGCACGGACGAGUACGUGCGGACGGCCGUGAUGCAGGGCGCCUCCAGCUAUAUCACCCAUCUGGACUGGAGCACCGACGGACGCUAUAUCGAGAUCAACACGGGCGCCGGGGAGAGACUCACCUACCGAGCCGCAGAUGGUGAGCAGGAGGUAGACUCGGACGUGCUCGACUCCCUGCGCUGGGCCUCCCGGACCGGAGUUCUGGGCGCCGAGCUGAGCGGUAUCUGGCCGCGCUACUCGGACCUCACCGACAUCAACAGCGCUGAUGUCGACACCGACGGGGGCGUCGUCGUCACCGGCGACGACUUCGGACUCGUCAAACUGUUCCGGUUCCCCUGCAGGAAAAAGGGCAGCAAGUACCGUUCGUUCGUGGGUCAUUCGGAGCACGUGACCGGUGUACGGUUCACCUCGGAGAGGACCCACGUAGUGUCUAUCGGUGGCGGGGACCGAUCCGUGUUCCUCUGGAAGUACCAGACCGGGUCACCGGACACCGGUGAACACGUCGUGGCGGUGAGGAAGAGUGUGCAGGUCUCGGAGGAUGACGAGCCAGACACGGACACGGAACAUUUCCCGGAGAUCUACACAGACGUUGAGAACGAGCAGAGCGUCCUCAAACCGUCCAGGGUGAGCCGGAAGCGUCGCGAGAAGCGCUCGGCGUCGGCCUCCCACCGCGGCGUACCCCGGCAGAGGGCUGCCCCUAACGCCGACACCAAACUGCCAGAAGCCGGACUCAAACUCAAGUUUGUCGGCGGGUACCGCGGCCACGACACGCGGAACAACCUGCACUUCAGCAAGGAGGGUCACCUGGUGUACCACCUGGCCGCGCUGGGCAUAGUGUACGAUCCGGCCACACUGGGUCAGCAGUUCUACGACAAGCACACGGACGACAUUCUCUGUCUGACCGUGCAGCCCGGCACGGACGUGGUGGCCACCGGACAGAUGGGCGCCGACCCGUCGAUCCACGUCUGGUCGGCGGCCACCCUGGACACCCUGUCCGUGCUGAGCGGCGCCCACCAGCGGGCCGUCGUCAGCGUAUCCCUCAGUCAGCAGGGCUCCGUGCUGGCCAGUAUCGGCGGCGACGACCACCACACGCUGGUACUCUGGAACUGGCAGACCGGCCAGAAACUGGCCUCGGCCAGGGGUCACUCAGAGAAGGUGUUUGACCUGGCGUUUGAUCCGACCAACCCGCACAAGCUGAUGACAGUCGGUGUGCGCCACAUUCGCUUCUGGACCCGUUCCGGAGGCGGGCUGACUUGGAAACGGGCUGUGCUCGGGAAACUCGAUAACCAGGACACGAUGCUGUGCUGCGCCAUGUCCGGGGACGGGUCCAGUUUCAGCGGCGGCGCGUCCGGCACCGUCUACAGCUGGUCCAACGGCCGAGUGGCCACCUCCGUGAAGGCGCACCGCGGACCCGUCUACUGCAUCGCCACACCGCAGGAGGGGUACCUGACCGGCGGCCAGGACGGUUACGUCUGCCUCUGGGACAACGAGUUCUCCCGCUGUCUCAAGAUCUUCCCGAUCAGUAACGCUUACGUCACUGCGGGUCACAUGACACUAACGACCGAUCAUCCGUCUAUCCGCGCCUGCGCCAUGGGCAUGGGGAGAAUCGUGGCCGGGACCCAGCGCGGAGAGAUCGUAGAGGUCUAUGAAGACGGCAAUAUCUGCGUCACCAUGGCGGGUCACGGCCGCGGCGAGGUCUGGGGUCUGGACACCCACCCGACCACGCUGGAGUUUGUCACCGUCAGUGACGACCACUGGCUGCGAGUCUGGAACCGGUUCAGCGGCGCGCACAUGACCGACCUGCGCCGGCCGGCGCGCAGCGUGGCCUACAACUCGGACGGCUCCUGCCUGGCCGUCGGAUUUCUGGACGGCAGUGUGAGUCUGUUCUCGUCGGACAGUCUGCUGCGCGCUGCCACCGUCCACCACCGCGACUCUCAGAUCUCUGCCGUCCGCUGGUCGCCGCGGGCCGUCCGCGGCCGGGGGUUCCUGGCUGCCGCCUCUCAUGACGACGUGGUCGAUCUGUACCACUGGUCGGAGGCGGGCCAGCUGCGCCGCGUGGCCGUCUGUAAGGACGCCUCCAGCUACAUAUCACAGGUGGACUGGCUGGAGGACGGACGGCUCAUCCGCAGCAACUCAGGAGCCGGUGAGCUCCUGUACCACGACUGCCCCGCCGGCCGCCGGCAGCUGGUGCCGAACUCCGUGGAGCCGCUACUGGACUGGCACACAGAAACCUGCGUCCUCAGUCCGAGUCUGGCCGGCAUCUGGGCGCCGGAGGAUGACUACACCGAUAUAAACGCGGCGGAUCGCAGCCCCGACCGGACACUGGUGGCCACCGCCUGCGACGACGGAGGGCUCAUCAAACUGUUCAGAUACCCGGCCAGGGAGAAGUUCUGCCGAUUCCGGAAGUACUCCGGCCACAGCAGUCACGUGACCAACGUGCGCUGGUCGUACGACGGCAAGUACCUGAUGUCGGUGGGCGGCGCCGACUGCGGUGUGUUCGUCUGGAGCCGCGUGCAGAGCACAGAAGUGGCGCCCGGCUACACCAACCCGCUGGACCCCGACUCUGGCGACGACCUGGCCGUGCACGACCUCGAGCUAACUGCGUCUCACGGCGCUCUGGCCGGCGGCGAGUCGCGCCGGCCCGUGUCCGCCCUGCCCCGCCACCUCACGGGGGACCGGCUGACGGGACUCUACCUCCAGUCGGGAGAGGUGUAUGCGGUCGUCACCCGCACCAGUGUCGUCGGAUACAACAUCGAAAAGGGUAAUCAGGUGCUGGGUAUUCAGCACGAGGCGCCGGUGCUGGGCAGUGCGGCCGUCUCUGCUAACGAGUCGCACCUGCUGGCCGUCUCUGAGCGGGACGACUGCUCCUCUGUGACAGUGCUGGACCUGAGCCGCGACGGCGACACCAUCGGCAUGCUCCGGGCGUCCAACUCCCAGGCGGAGGACAUAUUCCGGAUGCGGUUCUCCGACAGUGGUCGGUUCCUUGUCUGCUGCAUCCACAAAAAUGGACAUUACCUUCUCAGAGUCUGGAACUGGAAGAAAGCGAUGCAGGUGGCUCAGACACAAGUGAGCGGAACUCUCCUGGACGCCGACUUUUCACCCUCGGACGAUCUCAAGCUAACGGUCCUCUGCUCCAAACAGGUCCUGUUUGGUAAGAUAGUGGGCGUGGCCAUUCAGCUGCAGAAGGGCUACAUCCCGCGGAAGAAGAAGGGCUCUGACCGGAGGUUCCUCUGUGUGGCCUGCGGACCGGAUCACGUGUCGUACACGGGAACCAGCGACGGCCGGCUGCUGGUCUGGAAGGGACCCAUCAUGUCGCAGGUGGUCGAGGUCACUCAGCACGGACCCGUCACCUCUGUCAGCGUCAACAGGAGCGGCUCGGCGCUGCUCACCGCCGUCAGGACUGUGCAAAACACGGUGGCCCUGCACCGCUGGACCACCUCCGUAGCCGUGGAGUGGCACUACAGCCUGGAGGUGCCCGAAGACGCGCACAUCGAGUCAGUCAGCUGGGCCAAGGGCCACGUGCUGGUCACCACCGUGGCAGACAAGAAGGGACACGUCAUCGAGGUCAAUAUGAAGGAAAAGAAACACCGGGAGCUGAUGGAAGUGAUGCUCUGAGGAUGUGACGUGACGUGAUGUGAUGUGAGGACGUGACGUGUCAUGACGGAAGAAUGUGGAGUGGCUCAGGCUGAAUGUGAACGAUACGAAACACCUGAAUGCGAAUGAUUCCGAGGACAAUCGUUUCGUCCACUGGAUGCUCUGCUUCUAUUGAAAAUAGUGAUUAUGAGGUAUGUUGUGAUGAGGCUAAGAGUGCUCUGACGGCUGCUUGACACUCGUGUUAUGUGACAGAACAUGUCUUCUUAGUCGUUUGAUUUCAACUAAAAAAAAAAAAAUAUUUAACCGUGCGACUUUACUGAUCGGCGAGCGAGAGCCGGAAUCCACGGUGAGACUGUGCCGCACUACACGGGGCCAUGCGGUACAGUCUAACAUCCCGUGGCGGCAUUUGGCGAGACCGAAGCCGUAAGGAGCGUUCGCUGUCUGUUAUGAACUAUCCGGUUGCAUCGCCCCCCCCCCCCCCCACCAUAUAAUAUCUGUACCUACGCUUGUUCGUUGCUUGUUUGAGUAGUAGGCCUCUAUACUAAGCUCAAUUACUACGCAUGUAGUUUGUGUAGUUUGUUAUAGGUUUUACUGGUAUGGUACGCACAUUGCUAUUCAUUGUUGUCAGUUUUUAGCAAACAUCUAUGAACGAUAUUGUCUACUGAAUACACAGCAUUUUGUAAGUCA